UGGCCUCAUAAAAUGGAUUACGCUUUAAUUCGUGCACGUAAUUAGCGUGUGCUCAUCCGCAAUGGAAACCAGAGCUGUCAGGUAUCGUCUGCGCAGUUUCGUCCGACAGUAAAUGCAGAUUUCACAUUCCAGACGAAAACCGUUUCGAAUUGCGGAGACCGCGUUUCUCUUGCCAUCUCGCUGUAAACAUCAGCACUGUUUGUAUAUUUCGGUCGUCUGGAGCCCGCGUAGAAGGGAUGGAAUCACGCAGCAGUAGUAGCAACAGCUACAGGUCGACUGGUUGCGUACACGUGCAGGUUCGUGAUGCAGGAACUGGACGACUAAAGGCGUUUAUUUACGACCACUGUGAAAUUGUUGGGAUUUAAACGUUCCCUGCUGGUUGUGGAAUACUGAGAGUUAUGAAGGCGAGUACGAUAGGCAGUAUGCAGUACCUGGCGGCCCAGACUGUGAAGAUCGCGUCUAUGAACGGGCUGGGAGAGGUGACGAAACUCGAAAAUGAUCUGGCGGCAGAGAUCGAGCGCGAGGACGCAGCGCCCCCCAAGGAAACUGUCGCCAGAUUGCGUCGUCGUGGCGACGCCAUUCUCCACAGCAAGAUGAUCUUGUUGCUCGUCGUGCUUCUCAACGUUCUGGACACUCUCCUCGUACUGGGCGAGCUCAUCAUGGACUUCAAACACAUGGGCAAUGUUAUAUCAAGUCAUGCUGAUCUCUCAGAAGAAUUCCUUGUCAAAAUGUCGCACAUAUAUCCUUCUCAAGUGGAUGGAAUAACUGUUAUCGAUAUCGACAAACUCUUUGACAAAAUUAUUCAUGCGCGUAUACUCUGGAACAAAACUAAUCUAGAAGAUUCCGGUAUUUGCAAUGUGACGCCACAAUCGGGGGACAGAGUGGAAAGAUCAGCUGAUAUAUUUUACCCCAAUGAAACGUCGCCGCAGGAAAAUAUUACCCACCACGAGGCUGGUUACACGUUGGAGGUGAAGUUAGCUCACGGGUUUCACUAUGCAAGCGUUAGUAUCCUGGCAGUUCUGGUUGUAGAGACUGCUCUGAAAAUAAUAUGCGCAGGAAAACACUUCUUCCACAGCCGAAUGCAGGUUUUUGACGCUGUUGUCAUAACGGUGUCUUUCACCAUUGACCUCGUCUUCAUCAAAGGACUGAUGGGGAUGGAGGCGACGAAUUUUAUGAUCGUGUUAGCCUUUCUUUUACCGUGGAGGGUAAUCCGAGUCGUCAACAGUUUGAUCGUGGCUGUGAUAGACAAAGAAAGGUUUCAGAUGAAAUUACUUUACAAACAGAAGAAGAAAGUCGACAAACACUAUGCAGACUCGCAAGAAAAGAAUUCCUUACUACAGAAAGAAAUUGACGCGCUGCGAGCGUUGUGUAAAGAACGAGGAAUAGAAAUCGAUAACAUUUUACCAGGUGCAGGUCAUUCACAACCGAGCGGCGGAGCCAUUCAUGCCCUGGGGAGGUUCGCUAGAAGGACUGCCGACUCGCUGACCCCCGCCCUCCACAACGGGGCCAAGCGGUCGCCCUCUCCGCGCAAAAAGAACGGAAUGCCUUGGUCGUGUUCCGUCGAAGAGCCCACGAUGACGUCAACGACGAACGAUCUCAGUCGCUACAGCAACAGCACGCCGAACCUGCCAAUCAUAAUUGAGAAAAACAUGGAUAAAAACGAGUCGGACACCAGAUUGUGAUAGUCAAAAUUAAGAUCUUACUGUCCCGUUGAUGUAAUCUGAUAAAAACCCAUGUCACCCAUGUGUCCAGCAUUACAAGCUUCGGCAUGUGACAGAAACUGGCGUGGAUGGGUGGAACAGUUACAUAUUAAAUAACCUUUCAAUUGUGGGUGGAAGCAAUUCAUAACUUUCAGAAUUGGAGGGCCAGUGACACCCCCCCCCCCCCCCCCCCACACACACACACACUCCAUUGCCGCUUUUGCCAACAAUCAUUUAAGUGUAAAUUUAGCUAUUAAAUGAAGUGUUAAAUAAACAUUAUGUAAUAUUGUCGCCACGUAUGUCGGGUAGUUCAAACACAACGAUAACCCUACUGACUAUGGAACUGUAUAAAAAAUAAAAAAAUAAAAGGAAAUGUAAAUUUGAUAUUUAACAUACUUUACUAUAUGGAUUUUUGUCACCUUCAGUGAAACAUUUAGGCCAAUAGGUCACAUUUUAUUAAAAUAGCGAUAGAUUCUAAAUUAAAGUAAAGUAAAACAAAUUUCAUUUUCAUUUCA